AUGACCAUGGAGGAAGAGGAAGGUUCCCUGGACGAAAUACUGGACAGUCUCUAUGUGUUGGGUCUGCAUCACCCUGAAAGGGUGUUAUUGAUCUAUUAUGAUCAUCUAGCUCAGUACACCAAACUGACAGCUUCACAGGGGACUUUGUUACUGGAAAGCAUGGGGAAUAUUAUCAAGAACACCCUUGAUCAGAUUAGUCAGAGCCUGGCACAGAAAAUUCUCUCUCUGUCUGCUGUGUGUGUGACUAAGCCAACAUGGCCACAUGCUGGGAGUCAGCAAGCUGCGAGCAAUCUGCUGGUUACGAUGAGCAGCAGAUUUACUGAUGAGGUCGUCCACUUGUUGAUGGAGAGUUUCAAACAAGGUCACCACCCUCAAGUAUAUGUUGUGAAAACCCUGAGCAAAAUGUCAACAGAAAACCCCUACAGCAUGGUGCCAUUUCUGAAGCACAUCUUAGGGGCUAUGUUUCCAACUCUCUUUAGGACUAAACAGGAGGAGAUGAAAUCUGCAUUUGCCACAGCACUGGGAAAUUUCAGCAAGAGCAUCCUGAUAUAUCUGUCAAGUGUGGAGAAAACCUCAGACCCUCUAGUAACCACGGAGACUUUCUCCACUGAGAUCAACACUAUUUAUAGUCUGUUGUUUAAGGUGUGGCUGGAGAAGGAGCCCCCUAAACUGAUGCUAACUAUUGUGGAAGCUCUGGGCUAUGUCACUUUACUCUUGCCAAGGGAGAGGCUAGAAAAGGAACUCCCCAAGCUAAUUCCAACCAUUGUGUCUCUCUACAAGAAGCAUCCUGCACAUUCUUCUGUCACAAGAUGCCUGUACCAGGUGUUGGACAUUGCUAUCAAAAUAAACAGUUUAGAACUGAAAACACAGAUGGGCAAUCUGCUUAAAAAUCUCCACCAGCAAAUCUGCCUUUCUGUAGGGUCAAAGAACUUCCUUGGUGGGAAGAACCACGGUGAGAUUUUGCGCUGUUUUACGCUUCUUGCCCCAGCUUAUGCAGACAUUUUGGUUGACUUCCUCCUGCCCAGGUUAGACAGCGUGGAGCAGCAAACCAGACUGGGAACACUUAGUAUCCUGAGGCAUCUGAUAAGUUCAGCCUCCUCACACUUAGCCCAGAAGGCGGCUGCCAUUGUGGCUGCCAUGAAGCCAGUGCUUGUGGAUAAAUGCAGCAACCAGGAAAAGAAGCUGGCUGCUCAGCUUAUCUGUGCCAUGGCCCAACAAAAUUACAUCCAGGCAGAGGACGGAAAGGUAAUGGUGGAGUUUCUCGUCCGACAGUGUGCUGCCGCUCUCGAUUCAGGCACGCCGGCAGGACCCAGCCAUCAGUCAGAACAGGUUACAGAUGAAGACCUUGUCACAGUGUGUGAGACAGUGAUGUUUAUGAUCACAAAUACAGCAAAGAUGGAGAAUGUUCUCUGGGCCGUCCUCCUGGACUAUGUCACCUUGACCCAGUACACCAAGGCUCUCACAACCAUUUGCAAUUGUUUAGCGCACCUCGGGAAAAAGAAGCUGCAGUCUGGCAUGGGAAAGUUUAUGUUAAUGUACAAGACAGAUAGUAGUCCCCAAAAAGCCCAGGAACUGUUGGCUCGACUCCUUCUGCUGUCUUGCUGCCCAUUUGAGGCAGGAAGCCGCGGAGCAGCAGCCCUGAGAUUACUGCAAGUCCUGGGUUCCAGUAUUCACCCAGCAAUUGCAUCAGAGUGGGACAGGGACCUGUCGGCAUUAGUUGGUCAAUUACAGGAGCAUUCCAAGGAAACUCUACCCGAAGAGGAAUGGGAAGAAAAAUUAUUACUGCUGCUGUCCAAAACUCUGACUAGCAUUAACGAUGAGGAAUGGAUUCAUCCACUGAGUGAGGAAAUAUACAGGCAUAUUGAAAUUGUCUGUCAUUCAGCACAGAAGGCAUUCCUCUACAAAGCUCUAGGGGUUGUGUUCAGCCAACUUCACAGCACCAAUGUAAAGGAGGACCUUCUCAAAAUGCUGCUGAGUGUGCAACCCAGCGAGAGGGUAGAAAGGGAAGGUGUGGCCGUCGCUUUUGGCCUUGCUUCUAUGAGUCACUUUGACGAUGCCCUUGACUGUCUGCAGGAGUUUGCUCAUGCUGAGAGAAACAAGAAUACCAAAUGUUCCUCAGGUGUUCAUGGGGACAGGGUUGAUGUGGACAUGGUCAGCACUCUUGUUCUGUGCUAUGGCAACAUGGCACUCUAUGCCCCUGAGGAGCAGGCACUGCCCAGAAUAGAAAGCCACAUUCUACCCGCUGUUAUCCAAUUCAUUCCAGACAGGCAGGGAAUGACAGCGGAAUAUGGCAAUGGCUCAUUGCAGCUCAGCCUCAUACACACCAUCACUCUGAUAGCCAAAUCCCUAGAAGUAAACAGCCAGAGAGUCCUGCUGAGCAAGAAAAGGGAGCUGCUACAGUGCAUGCAGGACUUCAUGGAGGCAGAGCCAACACAGCUACUGCAGAGCCCUGUGCGACAGCAAGCCAUCACCGCCUGCACACACCUCAUUAAACUGAGCAGCGAGUCCAACCACUCUGACACCCUGCCUGUGAUACAUACUUGCCUGGCAAGUACAUUCAGCCUGCUGCCAGCAGAAAUGCAUAGGGGCAACACUGGAGGUAAUGCAGACACACUAUAUGCAGAAAUUGUGAAGGCCUUGAAAGAGUUUCUGAAGCAGAUACUGAUUCAGGACCCCACCCCAGAAUGUUUCCAGGCUAUGUUUAAACAAAUAGAAGUGUGGAUUAUCUCCACCAAGGAGCAUGAGCGAGAGAGAGCUAUGGACACAGCGCUGGAGUUGCUGAGGUAUUACUUAGAAGAAGUGCCUGUCAACGAUGUAAUGCUGUUGCCUGAUCUGGGUGCUGUGAUUGGACGCCUGAUGCCACAAUGUGCUGACCCAUCACUUGCUGUUCGACAGAUGUCGGUAGAUUCGUUGCACAUGAUGCUGGCCAUUCAGGUGCCAUACCAGGACACCUAUCUAGAUCAGCAAAGUGAACAGCUUGAGGUGUUGAAAGCAGUCAGAGAGGAGCUGGUGAAUCCCAGCCCUUCACUUCUUCUUCAAGCAUGCAGGCAGAUUGCAGAGAUCAUCUCCAAGAGUUUGCCUCAGGACCAACUAGGAAAGCUACUCCUCGCGGUGUUCACUAGGCUGUCUGACCAGCAGCCCAGCUGUGCCAGUGCAGCGGCCGUGCUCACUGGAACCAUCACUGCAACACAGGGCAGGGAACUGAAAGGUCAGGUCUCUGAGAUACUUGAAGCCCUGAGGAGUGAGCUCCAGUCAGUCACUCUAAGAGUGGAGGUGAGACUCUCAGCUCUGCGCAGUAUUGCCAUUCUAGCCUCGUACAACCCCAAAGCAGUAGUGGACCAUCUCCUUACCUAUCCUGCUCCCUUGGACAGCUACACCAGCCAGUUGUGGCAAUCCCUGGCAGAGUACACACAGGGGAGCCCAACCAUAAUGAAAGAGCUGGUGGACACAUUGAAACAGCAGUUACUACACUGGGAGAAACAGAUCCAUAGCAUCCAUGAGAACAAAACACCACAGCCCUCUCACGAAUGCCUGGUCAGCGUCUGUGCUCUGCAUGAGAUGAUAAGUACACCGGAGUCAGCAGAGGUUGUAACAGAAUUAUUCCCGGAGCUCUUCAGUGUUCUUCUUGUCCACCUCCGCUCCUUUGUCGAAAUUUCUUCACCUAGUGUUUUUGAUCCUAAUUGUCCAACAAAGCAGAAGGAAUUCUUAGUGAAGCCUCUGACACUUAGGAGCAAGGACAUCUGUGUGACUUGUGUGCAGGCUUUAAAGGCCCUGAUGGGUCAAGUGAACCAACAGAAGCUGGUAAAAUGUAUGGAAGAGAAUGGUGGUUGGAACCAAAUGAUUGAUCUCUACCGAUCCCAUGCAGGGGUUGCCAUCCUCGCCAAAGAAAUGGCUAGUUGUGCUUGUCCCAGUUUGAGUGGGAUUGUAGAACAGGUAAUAGCACUCAUCCCCAUUCUUCAGGAAUGUCAGAAAGUCACCACAGCUUCCUUCCUCGGUGAAAUUUUAAGAUCACCACUGAUGACCAAACUGGACCUUACAGACACCCUGGUGAGCAAGCUGCUUCAGUGCCUGGUCAACUCCUCCACUGCUCUCCAAGCAGUCUGCGUAAGGGCUCUGGGCAACAUCACAGUUGGAGAUCCUCUGAACACUGAGAAAUAUUCUCAGCAAGUGCUGUGUGCAAUGAUUUACUUAAUGGAAUCCGAACAGCGGGACAAUGAGGUACUAAUGUUUGAAGUGCUUUCCUGCCUGGGGAAGCACUUGAACCUGUUGAAAGCAAGUGCUGUUAAACCCUCUAUCAUUAAAAUCUUCACCGCCACCCAAACAUUCUUCGACGCUUCAAACGAGAGAGUCCGGGCUGAAGCAUUUAAUGUGUUUGGAAACCUAGCCAAAUGUGGAACGAGGGACCCAAAAUCCUUCUUGUGCCGACAGAUCCACGGGAACUUGGUCCGUCUGUUACUGCAGCUGGAUGCCAGGAGUGAGGAACUCUCCUCUUCGUGUAACAUGACUCUACAUUUGGUUGCACCCCUUGUGGUCUCAGCCAAGGCGUUCUCACUGAUUGAGAACUAUGUGGGAGAGCCCACACUGAACUACAUUGAGUUCCUUAGAGCUAUUUCACAGCAACUGAUGAAGGACUUCCCUGAAAAGGUCCACUCUUACAUUACAGACUGCAUAUCCUUCUUCAACAGGCCGGAGGAGCAACUCCGAGCAAAUGCCAUAACCCUUUCAGGACUGUUUUUCCAACGUCCAGAAAAACAUACCCAAUCUGCCCGCAAAAUUACCUGA